UGCUUUAUUUUAGACCUUCAGUGAGGGGUGGGUCAUUUUUGACCCAGAGGACAAGAAUGUUAAGACAACAGGAGGGUUAAGGUAUUGUUUUCCUACAUUUUUCAGACAAACUCAGACAAACCUAACCCUACUCAUCUACACUGACCCCUAACAAAUGUACCAACAACUGACUGGGAUUCAAACAGUCUUUGGUGUAAAAAAAAGGAAAAUGCAGAAUUAGUGAGAAAGGUCUAAGCCAACACCACACCUUGGUUUAGUGUCUGUUGAAGGCUGAUUUCACCUCCUUCGAGGAUGUAGCUUUAAAAUUACCUAACAGUAACCUGUUAAUCUAUAGCUAGUUCAGUUAGAGCAUGUGUAUAACUGCCUGGUACUUUGAAUGUUUCUGAGCAAGACGUAGCAGCUCUGAAACAAUGGAGAGCGACAAACAGAUAUUCAGUCUGAGGAGGGAAGUGGGGCUUGUAGGAGCUGUGUCAUUCAUCGCUGGAACCAUGAUCGGAUCUGGGAUAUUCAUAUCUCCCCAGUAUGUGCUGUCUGCUAUCGGGAGCCCUGGAGCCAGCCUUGUUGUAUGGGCUUGCUGUGGGGUGAUAGCCAUGCUGGGGGGGCUCUGCUAUGCUGAACUGGGCACAGUCAUCCCAGAGUCUGGAGGAGAGUUUAUCUACAUUCUGCGGACGGCCGGGAAAGUGGUGGCCUACAUGUAUGUCUUCACCUAUGUCAUCGUCAUGAGGCCUGCCAGCGCCACAGGAAUUGCUCUGAGCGUUGCUGAAUAUGUGGUGGCCCCCUUUUACGGCGGCUGCACCCCUCCACAGCUGUUGGUGAAGUGCGUGGCUGCAGGUGGCAUCAUGGUGGUGGCUACAGUCAACUGUCUGAGCGUCCGCUCAGCCACCGCCAUCCAGGUGGUGACCAUGGCAGUCAAAGUGGUGGCACUGACAGGGAUCGUGCUGCACGGCGUUGUGAUGCUGUUCCAGGGACGCACUGAGAAUUUCGAUAAGUCUUUUGAGGGAACAAAUGUUGGUGUCAGCUCAACUGGAAUUGCUUUCUAUCAGGGCUUGUGGUCCUUUGAUGGCUGGAACACUUUGAAUUAUUUAACUGAAGAGCUGAAACAACCAGAAGUAAGAGUUUCAGUUUUUAUCAAUGAGCGAAGAUGCAAAUACAACCAUGCUUUUAGAAAAUAUUAAAAAAGUGGAAACAGACAACUUUCCCCCUCCUGUAGCAUUUCCAAUUGGUCUUAUUGUUGGUACUGCUGUCACGAAGGCAACCUGGUCGCUUUUUGAACAGCAGCUACCCACAGCAUGGGACAAAACAUGAGUUUAUUCAUUAAUUUGGUCUAUCAUGGUUUAUAAAGCAGAUCGAAAGGAUUCCAGGCUGCCAUGGGUUGGUUCUCCAGUCACGCUUCACACAGUAGAAAUUGGGCCUGAUGGAAGACAACCUUGGUUUCAUAGGGAACCAGUCUUAUCACCAUUGGUGUCUAUUGCCUGUUUAAAUUGAGGGAUUAUUACUUUCUAUUUUUACUUGCUCAGUCAUAUGUGUAUAUAUACUUCUUUAUUCUGAUAUGAAUAAUCAAGUUCAGCACAAAUUCAGUCAUUUAUUUAUUGAUAUUGUUAUAUGUGCUCAUAGAGAAUAACUCAAGGCCGUGAAAUAUCAGCGCCUGAGGAAAGUGGUCAUUAAUGGUCCGAUCAAGGGAUGCGCCAAAGCGAUGUGUAUAGUAUCAGUAUAGGCCCCAUGUUAGUCAAAAUCACUGGAUCGGAUAAAUGAGAAGGAAAUAUAUAUAAUCCAAUUUAUUAGCCUAAACUAGCCUAAACAGCUGAGUGCAAUUUAUUUAAUGCAAGUGUUUCAAGGGGUGGUAGCACUGCGGUACACCAUGAACUUGAUCAACCCUUGCCAUUGGAAGGAGUUCUGGGAAUUGAUUUACAGGUGACGAGUGCCAAGAAAAAAAAAGUGCAGUGCAGCAACCAACCUGAGAGAAAGAUGUUUUUAAAAGUCACAGUGUUCAGCUCUCAGUACUUUUGUAGCUUCUAACUGAAUCUCUUUCAAAUCAUCUGCUGUGUUUUACUGUUUCAUCAUGUUUGCUUUCAGCUGUUUCAGGAGUCAUGUUCAUUUACUGUUGGUGAGAACACGAUUCCUGUAAUGCUGCUUCAUAAUGAAAGCUUUUAAAUGACUAGAUAACAGGGGGCUUUUACUGUGAAGAAAUUCUAGAAAAUUAAACAUGUUUGAUACUGAAUUAGCGGAGCCACUUUGGUUGAGUUGACUGAUCAAACCGAGUUGAGCCAGGCCAGCAGGACGUAAUGGAAAAAUGGCAAAAGUGUGCGAGUUCAUUGUGGAAUAUUUGAAAAAUGAUGAUAAUGUCUGGAGCUCAGAAGUGUGUCCAGUUUCACUGUUUAGUCUUUUGUCAUUGGGAUAUGGGCUACACUGACAGCUGAGUUACAUCCUGUAUCAUAAUUACUCAGAAUUACAGUCUGGUUUCACUUUGAAAUAUAUUUUGAAUGUUUGAAAAAUGCUCAAGUUCUGUGUGCAAAGAAGUCAAAAUAACAAGGGGCAGCACAAAACUGAGUCAUGAUGUAGUGCGUGUAUUUCCUCCUUUAGAGAAGUAGAAUAUUUGUUCCACAGUUUAAGCAUGUUUUUUAAAUGACUAGGUUAAGUAAAGUGCCUUGAUACACAUGUAUUAUCUAUAGCGCUGUUGUUUAAGACGGGGGAA